UUUUUUUUUACUCAUUCAUUUGAACAAUUGGACUUUAUGUUGGAAACAGAUUCUUCUAUCGCAACAAAGACAUAUGGCGACUAUAGUACCAUGCAUGCUGUCUAUUUGUUACAUAUGAUACAUUCCCGUCAACUAGAACCCAUGUCGGCUCAACUCAUCGAAUCUCUAAAGCCAUGUUAUGUUGUACUGAUGAAAUCCCUCAUGAUAAAACGGAAGAAGAACCUAUCCUAUCAAGAACGAUUGCCUUUUUGUAUUCUGUCAUGGAUCGUACAGUCAUGCAUCAUCCGUCAGCCUCAGUAUGCGAUGCCAUCAAAUUGUAUUGUAUGAAUAAAUCCAGUAUUCCGGUAGUGUGCCCUGCCACAACGAUGAUCUGUGCCCUUUAUUAUUUGCAAAGAUUCAAACAAAAAUUCAAUAUAUUCUCAUACAGUUAUCAAGUUGGCCAACGAUUGGUAUUAGUAGCCUAUUUGGUGGCAGCAAAAUACAUUCAUGCGAAUUUGAAAUCAACGGUUACAUAUGAAUCAUCAUUAUCACAUCCUUCCAACAAAAACAACAAUCGACAAAGGCCUCUCCAUCAUCCAAGAGUGAUUCCAUGGGAAUUAUCAUGGAAUUCAUCAUCAUUAUCAUCCACCUCUGAAAAAUUACAAUCGUCAUACUCUUCAGAUCAACCUAUGCCUCCUACUAUCGCAAACAUCAUUACUCCCGAUAAUCCAUCAUCAUCAUCAUCAUCGUCAACGAGCUACCAUGACACUAAUAGUGACAACAAGAACAACGAGGAUGAAAGGGCGUCUGAAGAGGAUGCAGCACAACUCUUAGGAAAAAUGGGUCCUAGUUGGAGCAUAAAUCUAUCGACAGCUCAGUUAUGCUUGAUGGAAAUGGAAUUCCUCUACUUUUUGGAUUAUCAAUUGGAACUUGGUCCAUCUUCUCCUUUACAACUAUGGUCUUGGCUUGAUUCUAUCUUGGAUUCUUAUUGUCAUCGGUAUCAUGUUACUUUGAAAAACAAUAUGCAGGCCAAACUCACCAACAAGAGCAAAACGUCAACGGUAUCAUGACCUUGGUAUAUCCCUAUAGGUCUUUUUUCUUUUAUUUGGUUAUCUGACCUUCUUUUUGGUCGAUAGACUAAACCUUUUAGGAUAGUUUUUCUGAUCAUCUUGAUGUACUAUUUAUUCCAUUUCCCCUUUCUUGAUUCCUAUUCUUUCCUUCUUUCCUUUUCUAGCCUCUUUAUGAUGAAACAUUUAUAAUAAAAG